GACUGUAGCCACUCCAAGUGCCCAGCAUACGGCGGUAUGCAAAUGCACCUGGUUGGACGUGAUGGGAACCUUCGGAACUUGACGAUUGCGUUUGGACUGGUGGAGGCAGAAGAUGUGGAGAACUAUACGUGGCUUUUCUCGAUGUUGAAGCAGAAUGGGUACGACUUCACGGGGGUUCCUAUGUUCUGUGAUCACAGUAGAGCUCUAAUAUCUGUUGCUCUCAAGAUGGGACUCAAUCUCAAGUACUGCACCCUUCACAUCAUCCGGAAUCUACUCGCUCGUUUUCUUAAGUUCACGCACGGGCACAAGAAGCUGAUA